GGACAGGAGGAAAGUAAUAAUUUUCCACAAAACCAACCCACUCGAGUACUCGACUCGAUUGCGGGAGCUCGAGAAGUCCAGGCGGGCAAAAAGUGGACACGGAGCUUGUGUUCGAUGAUAUCGGUUUGCGGUGCACAAAAAUCUGCCUCUCUCCUUUUCUCUUCAUCCUUAAAAGUUCUUCAAAACCCAAAAUUUCAGUAAACAAAAAACCCACAAAAUUUCAUGAUAGUUGAAUUCUAUGGCAUCCAUUGCAGAGCAGGAGCAAACAAACCCUGCAUCUGAGAUUAUGGUGUCUCCCAAAAAGGAGGAAAAACAGAAGGGUAAAAAUAAAUGGAGAAAAUUUUCGAAGCAUUUAUCUACUACCCCAGAUUCCUUAAUCAAUACUUUGGAUGAUGGUUGUCUCAUGCACAUUUUCAGUUUUCUCUCUCCUAUUCCUGAUCGUUAUAACACCGCCCUCGUUUGCCACAGAUGGCGAUUCUUGGCAUGUCACCCUCGCUUAUGGUUGCGAGUUGACCGAACUAUCAAGGAUUUGUCGGAACCGGGUGUAUUCUCCAGUAUUGAUGCUGCUGUCUCCGCUGCACAGCCUGGUGAUACAAUCCUGAUUGCAGCUGGAGGUGUUCAUAUUACAUCUAAUAUUCAGAUCAAGAAGCCCCUCUGCCUGAUUGGUGCAGGCGAGCUUCCUGAAGAAACUACUCUUCUUUGUUCCCGGGGCUCUGACAGUGCACUGGAGUACUUUUCCACCAGCAAAAUUGCGAAUUUGACAGUGAAGGCAGAGCUUGGUUGCUGCUUGCUUCAUAGGAGUGGAAGGCUGAUUAUUGACAGUUGUAUCCUCCAAUGCGAAACAGAUCCUCUGGAUUAUCUUUCGUGCCCCAUAGUAAGCACGUCCGUUGGGCCUAAGAAGUUGCCAUCAUCCCUGUCUUCGACAACUCUUGGAGAUGGUGUUACUGUUUCUCACACUCGGAUUGAAGGUGGGGCCAAGGCGGUGUCGACCAGUGGCACCCUUGUGUUGCAGCGUGUACGAGUUAUUUAUGGUCGUUCUUCUGUGCUUUUCUGGUUUGACGUCGAGCAUCAGUGAUGGUUCACUCAGCUUCGUCCUGUGCUCCUGUUGUAACUUAAAAGAACUUAAAUUAAUUUAAGCUUGUAAUUCUUUUCCUUUACGCUAUUUUUCCUCCCUUCUCUUGUAUGCUACAUGUAUAUUAGUAGUUGGCUUAUAAAGUUUCUUUGUAAUACUCCAUCCGUCCCAAAAUAUAGUUCCCAUUUCCAU